GUGUGAACAUUUAUUACACCGCGCUUCUCUAUGAAAAUUACGUAAGAUCUAUAUUUUUUAAAGGGAAACUUCAGGUCAAGGGAGUUAACAGGCAAAGGCCCCUAAACGACUGGAAGUACAGCAAAGAUUUCGCCCUACAGACGAUCAAGUUCUUUGUUGACUUGUUAAAUCAUGAAUAAAGUAAACAGACCUGCAAUUCUUGGUUUAAGAUGAUCCAUCAACUAGUUAAUAACAUUCCCUACUUGUGUAGUAUGUUAAAACUUCAAAUAAUACAACACAGAACGGUAAAGAUUUAUAUAGACUAAAUUUUCAGCAGUGAUACAAAAUACACUAAGUCAGUCUUACUGAGUCUAAUCUUUUCUAUUCUAGAGACUUGUCUAGUCUAGAUCUAGAUUAGGCUCUUUAUUAAAACAUUAGCCACUAUCCUAUCAUUGCUCUCUUCAUAGAUCUAGAUCUAUAGAAACAAAGUAUAUUAAAUCCCUAAACGUCAUAAAAUGUCUUCAAUGGGUUCAAGAGCACAAAACAGGAGAGACACCAAAAUGCGUAUAAGAGCCUUUCCAAUGACCAUGGAUGAAAAGUAUGUGAAUAAUAUUUGGUCCCUGUUGAAGAAUGCAAUCCAAGAAAUCCAGAAAAAGAACAACAGUGGACUGAGUUUUGAGGAGUUGUAUCGCAAUGCAUACACUAUGGUCCUUCACAAACAUGGGGAAAAACUUUACACUGGUUUGAAGGAUGUAGUGACAGAACAUCUUGUAGGGAAGGUAAAAGAGGAUGUGUUGCAAGCCCUCAAUAAUAAUUUUCUUCAGACUUUGAAUGCUGCUUGGAAUGAUCAUCAGACAUCUAUGGUCAUGAUAAGAGAUAUACUGAUGUAUAUGGACCGUGUUUAUGUUCAGCAGAAUAAUGUAGAGAAUGUUUAUAAUCUGGGAUUGAUCAUAUUCCGGGAUAAGGUUGUACGUCAUUCUUCAAUCAGGGAUCAUCUCAGGUCAACACUGUUGGACAUGGUGGCAAAGGAAAGGAGGGGUGAAGUUGUAGACAGGGGAGCUGUUAAAAAUGCUUGUCAGAUGUUGAUGAUUCUGGGUAUUGAUUCCAGGGGCGUGUAUGAAGAGGACUUUGAGAAGCCUUUCCUUGAACAGUCAGCAGAGUUUUACAGGCUGGAAAGCCAAAAGUUCUUAGCUGAAAACUCUGCCUCAGUGUACAUAAAAAAAGUUGAAGCUAGAAUAAAUGAAGAGGCAGAACGAGCUAAACAUUAUCUUGAUAAAUCCACAGAAGAGCCUGUUGUAGAGGUUUUGGAGGCUGAACUCAUUAGUAAACACAUGAAGACAAUAGUAGAGAUGGAAAAUUCUGGUGUUGUGCACAUGUUAGAAAACAAUAAGACGGAUGAUCUGGCCUGCAUGUACAAAUUGUUUAUUCGAGUCAAAGAUGGUUUGAAAACAAUGAGUGACUGUAUUAGUAAAUAUCUUAGGGAGCAGGGCAGAGCUCUAGUCAGUGAAGAGGGAGAGGAAAGCAAGAAUGCAAUUACAUACGUGCAGAAUCUUCUGGAUCUCAAGGAUCGCUUCGGGCAUUUCCUUCAUGAAUCUUUCAGUGAUGAUAAACUAUUUAAACAGAUGAUUUCUGGAGAUUUUGAGUACUUCAUCAACUUAAACCCAAAGUCACCAGAAUAUCUCUCGUUGUUUGUAGAUGAUAAAUUGAAGAAAGGAGUUAAAGGGAUGACAGAACAGGAAAUAGAAAAUGUUCUGGACAAAAGCAUGGUAUUAUUUCGCUACCUCCAAGAGAAGGAUGUCUUUGAGCGCUACUACAAGCAGCAUUUGGCUAGGAGGCUUCUUCUCAACAAGAGUGGCUCAGACGACUCUGAGAAGAACAUGAUUUCCAAGCUGAAGACUGAAUGUGGUUGCCAAUUUACUUCUAAACUUGAGGGUAUGUUUAAAGAUAUGGCUUUGUCUACCACUAUUCAAGAAGAGUUCAAACGGUACUGUGGUGAAAAAUCUGUUAACUUGUAUGGUGUAGACUUAACUGUCAGGGUGCUGACCACAGGCUACUGGCCAACACAGACAGCAACACCUAUAAAUAUACCUGCAGAACCUAGGGCAGCUUUUGAAGCCUUCAGAGGGUUUUAUCUUAGCAAACACAGUGGCCGACAGUUGUCCCUACAGCCCCACCUAGGAUCUGCUGACUUGCAUGCCAGUUUUGCAGGUGCUAAGCGUGAUGAGACUGACAGCGGGCCUGCCAGCUCUGCAAAGGGUAUCAGGAAACAUAUAUUGCAAGUGUCUACCUAUCAGAUGUGUGUACUAGUGUUGUUCAACAUCAAAGAAAAAUGGACAUUUGAGGAAAUCAAGAACGAAACAGAUAUGCCAGAAAGAGAACUAACAAGAGCCUUACAAUCUUUGGCAGUGGGAAAAAUUGGCCAGAGAAUUCUUCAGAAGGAGCCAAAAAAUAAAGACAUAGAGUCCACUCAUACAUUUACUGUGAAUGAUCAGUUCUCAUCCAAGUUAGUUCGUGUUAAAAUUCAGAUGGUUGCUUCCAACAAAGGUGAGGCUGAACCUGAGAGGAGAGAAACAAGGAAUAAAGUAGAUGAAGACAGGAAACAUGAGAUUGAGGCAGCUCUUGUCAGGAUAAUGAAAGCAAGAAAGAAGUUGCAGCACAAUUCUUUAGUUGCUGAGUGUACAGAAAUGUUAAAACCACGCUUUUUGCCCAGUCCAGUAGUUAUCAAGAAAAGAAUAGAAGGCUUAAUAGAAAGAGAAUAUCUAGCUCGAGCGCCAGAAGACAGAAAAAUCUACACGUAUGUUGCCUAAAACCUUUUUCCUCUACUCUGCUCAAAUCUCAAGAUUUUGGUCAAACUGGAGAAUUUCUGACUGGAUGAAAGUGUAUGUCUAAGUGCUGUAGCUGAGGAAAGUUGUAACUGUCUUAGGGAGUAGCACAGUGGUCAAGUUUCCUAUCAGCCGGUCCACUCUUCUCUCCACCAUCUUCUCUAUUCCUUCUAUGCUUUACUCUCACCUCCGAUGUAAAUGGUCAUUUGAGGGUCUCUUUUAUCCAUUUUUUUGUUCAAUUCAUUCAUGGCUUUAUCCUGCCCAUGUGCUAACUGGUCCUAAAAUUACAACCAAGAACAAAGCAGAAGAAUAAGGAAACAUGUUUUAAGAUUGCCUCUGAUUACCAGUUGAGUUUUGUUUUACUUUGAGAUGUGAUUACCUUGAUGACCAAUUGAGACAGUGUUUAAUUAUUAUGAUUACCUUAGUUAGCACUUGAGGUAGUGCUUAAUUUGAGCUUUGAUUACCUCUGUUCCUGUUCUUGUGGUAGUGCUAACCCUGAGAAAGAAUGUCCUCUGCUACUGAGUUGAUUCUUGUCUCAAGAAAUGAUUACCAUUGCUACCAGUUGGGGCAAUGAAUGAGAGGAGUGCUUUCCCCUCUCUCCUGCCUGCCUUACAAGUAGUGGACCUUUUUUCUGGACCAUACAAUCUUGGCACCAACCAGUGCUUUUAUCUUGAAAUGCCAUAGUACUUGUGACAUAUAUACAUAAUUGUUCACAUUUUUUGUUUACCCCACGUAGAAGCGGUCAUGUUUUCUUUCGUUACAUUAUACCUUGACAUCUUUUUUUUUUUUUAGCAAGUCUCAUAUUGACCGUUCUUGAUGAAUGUUUCAUUUUUUUUUAAAAUAUUCAUUUCAAAUGUAUUAAAUGAAGCUCUAAUUUUAUUUUUACUUUGCUGAAAAUCAUCAAGCCUUCAUGUGAAGCUAAGCAGAAGGAUAAAACAAAAGGGGGGGGAGAACAUUUUCAGGUGAUGCUUAGUAAUGGCCUCUAGGAAUAGAAUGACUUCACAAAUAGGAUUGAAUGCUCUGAGUUCACUAGGCCAGCAAUGGUUAAGACCUUCAAGAGAUAUUAAUUUAUUUCAAUUCAUUAUUAAAGCUGCUGUAGAGCUUGUAUAUCUGACAAGGAGAAAGAAAACAUAUUUGAUAUCCUUUUUUCUUCUAUGGUGAGGAUGGUUACUGAGAUGUCUGGUGAGACUUGAACCAGCAGAGUUGCAUUUCAUUUCCUCCUCCAGUCAACAAUACCACAUUACUGCCCCUUGAGUUUUUUUGUUUCAAAUUCAAUUUUAAAGACAUUUUUUUUUCUUUUUUUUGCCAAUGAUAAAAGACAUAAUGUGUUAUCAUGUUUUUAUUUGAUUGUUCUGUUUGAAUUGAAAGAAGAGUGUCUGGUGAAUGGAAAGUGAAUACAACCAAUAGUUUAGCUUGGUGACUUUGUAAGCCUCUUUAUUGCAGGGGAUUAGCCUUCGAGUUCCAUCACAGCAAUCAUUUUCCUGUACAUUCUUUAGGAGUACAAAAUUGUUCUAUUAUACAUUAUAAGCAAUUGGAUGCCCUUGUUUUCCUAUGAUUUUUUGCUGUCCUUAAAGAAUUUUUUUCUGACAUUUUGUUUUCUCUUUGUCUAAAAAUACAUUUUUUUGAUAGCCUGAUGUGAGAACUAUUAGACUAAAUAAAUAUUUGCGCAAACUGUUGCAUACAUUGAUUACUUGUUGGACUUCAUUUCAUUUAUAGUUUUGUUGUUGUUUUUUUUUUGGUCCUUGUCUCUGAAUGUCUGACCUAAACAUUCAUUGCUUUCCCUGGUUGUAAUUCAUGCACAUUUAGUCUGAUGAAAGCCAGUAUGUUAUUCUCUGUUCUUUAGCUUCCCCACCCAUUAUUUAGACUUGGUGAGUUGGGUGAGAAAUGGUUUCCUCUUCUUUUGUUUUCACCUUAGACCUGAAAGCUAAAUGAAGAUGUGAACACAUUGGGCAACCCCCUUUUUUUUUUAAACUGCUGAUGCCUUGUGAAGAAAGAUUUAAAUAUAGUUGUUUUUUUUUUUUAAAUGACAAAAAACCAGUGAAAAGUACAACAUGAGGUCCUUGGGUUACAACAGUCCAGAGUUGCUAUGUUUUGUGUCAGAAAUGCAAUCUUCAUGUUCUUCUUCAGACAUGCCUGCCCCAGUAUCUAUAUCUUCUGUCUCCAGAUUCACCUGCACAGUAUCUCCAGCACCCUCUGUAGCUUCUUCCUCUUAAUCAGCCUGUUCUUUUUUUUCAUGACUGUCAUUUCAUCGCUAAACAUAUUAUAUAUUUCCUCUGUCUUUUUUUUUUUUUGAUAAUUAUGCAGGGUACUGUGUUAGGAUAGGAUAAGUGCUUACAGUAUUUACAUACUGUAUCAACAUAUGUUCUUGCACUAAUAAUCUGUUUAAUAUGCGAUGUAGCAAUGGAUUACUGUUGUAACCUUAGGACCUCCUGUAUUAGCUUACACACUAACAAAAAUUUAAGGGAAGAUGAGUUUGUAUAUUGUUAACCUUGUGUGUUAUAUUCUUUAUAAAGUAAAUUGAUGUCUUUCUUCUGAAUUUUCAAUUUAGCGAGUUUCAUUCAUUACAGAAGUACUAAUAUAAGUAGUUGCUUUUCAAUAUGUAUUCACUAAACUGUUUGUUUAGAAAAACAACUAAUUAGUUUCUGCAUUUUUUUUAGGAUACAGCUAAGUUGAUAAUGUCAUUUUCAUUGUUUAAAAACAAAAUUGCAAAUGAACUCUUGAUAUUGGUAUGAAUAUGUGAAUGCAAUUAUGAUUUAUUUUUUUAAAUAAAUAUUUUUGUGAUUUGAUAGUUUUGUUUGAAAGUAAUUAUUGAUUUAGAGUUAUGUCUGAUAUUAAUAAUGGGGAGCGUCUAAAAGUGUCAUUGGUGCACUAGUUAGAGAAGUGAUUAUUAUAAUGUAGUUGAACUCUUAAUAAAACAAGUGGAUAGACCAGAUCAAUAGUUUGUCCAUCGUGGUUCAAGGAUGACCACAUUAGUCAUCCAGGGGUAAUGAGUGAAUGGCUCAACAAGGAACCCAAUUGAUAAAAUUAGGCUUUUAAUGAUUGCCUUUUUUUUGUGUGAGAUUUAUUUUAAAUCUUGAAAACUUUCACUCAAUGACAUUUCACUAUCUCUGAAAUAAAAUACCUGACGUUAAUUCA